AUGAAAAACACAGGAAGUUUUUUUGGUUCUUCGUUGACUCCACAACAAUCACAAACAACAAAUGCUAGUGGUUUUUUUCAAACCAAUGUAACAGCACAACCACAGCAAAGCAGUUUAACAGGAUUUAGUUUCAAUACAGCGCCUGACGCAACGCCAACAUCGCUAUCAACAGAAAAGGUCGCCUCUUCGCCUUUCAAUAAUUCGGCCAUGCAACCAACGUCUUCGACGGGGCUUUUUGAAAAAACUUCAAGUGAUCAAGCAGGUCAAUCAAAUGGUUUAGGAGGUCUUCUAAGUAGCACAACGACGAAUGAUAGAUUGCAAAAUAAAACGACAACAAGUCUUUUUGGAUCGAAUUCAAUGAAUGCUGGUUCUCUUCCCACGAACACACUUGGAUUAAAUUCAAGUAAUCAGUUUUCUCAAAGUAAUACGUCUGGUGGAUUCCUUAACAAUUCGGGAAGCAAUGCUACAUCUCAAACUACUCUGCCUCAAAGUUUUUUUGGAACCACAAGUAACACAUUAACACAAGGAAAUCCUUCUUCAAACCUUUUAUCCAAUUCGUCCACUACCGCGCCAACUCAAACUAGUGGAACGGGAGCUUUUUUUGCAACUAGUGCCACAAAUACGCCAAAUGAUAGUAACAGCUUAUUUAAAACAACAACAACAACAACAGGAAAUCAACCCUUUCAACUAAGUGAAUCUACAAAUCUUUUUGGGACACUACCUAAUAAUAGUGGGAACAGAUCGACUUUGGGAGGAAAUAUUUUUGGAACAAACAGUAAUACUCAAACGUCAUCACUUACACUUCCAACAAAUAUUUUUGGUACCUCCCAAACAAACAAUACAACUCAAACAAAUCCCUCUACAUUACCAUCUCUUACCACAACAACUGAAGCGUCUCAAACAGCCAAACCAUCUACCCUAUGCAGGUGA